UGUCAGUCAGUUGACAGUCUGUCAGAAUGGCAAGUCUCUAUUACAUUGUAGCUGCAAUAAUUGCUUUAAAAAUGGUUCUAUGUGCUUCGCAAAACUACAAAGAUAACACUAACAAGUCCCCAUCCAAGGCAGCCACGUUUCAUUUUCCUGAGUACGCGUACAAAGAAACAAGUAAAAAUGAAAUCAUCUAUCAUGACUUCGAGCUUGCCUGUAGCCAGAACUCGCUGUGUGGCAAUAAUCCAUCCAUGGUCUCCAAGCUGAACUGCCUAAGGAAAUGCAUAUCACAUUCGUGCUAUCAAGAUAUCUAUGCUUUCGAUGAGCUGGAGGAUGGUGAAAUUGAUGUCAGGAUGAAUUCGUUCAAGGGCUGCGUUAUACAGCGCAUGUAGCAUAAGGCCCCCAUCCUGCAUAGACUGUAUUUCACAAACUAUUUGCAAGAGCUGCACUGGAAGAUAUCCCAAUAUAUUUUUAAAUGGAUAUAAGCAGAUAUCUACAGCUAUUUUACGUUAAGCUUUAGUUUCAGUUUAUGUGCGUUAUGUAAAAUGUGAAAAGAUGUGAGCUUUUAGUUAGUAACUAAUUUAAGUACAGCGAACAGACCUAUAUCUGUUUAUGCAUCUGAAAAUAAUCUAGUCUAAAUAAAGUAUGCUAAGUAUC